UACAUACGCAGUCUGUCAAAUGUUUUGUUUUUGCGACCGUUAAUGUUUUUUUAAUUUUUAAAUAAUGUACGGUAGAGAGCCUUUGUUUGCGUAAGAUUAGUGUAAAAUGAACGAGGAGGAAGAAGUAACGGUAAAGGCACCUAAAAUAGAGGACUUUGUGAUUGUGAAACCGAUCAGUAGAGGUGCUUUCGGGAAGGUGUUCUUGGGGUAUAAGAAGAGUAACGCGCAAGUGAUGUAUGCAAUAAAAGUGAUGAAAAAGUCGGACAUGGUGAAUAAAAACAUGGUUUCGCAAGUUGUUAACGAACGUAACGCUUUAGCGUUGACCAACUGCAAGUUCUGCGUCCAUUUGUAUUAUUCCCUACAGACUGCUUCGUCGAUUUACCUCGUCAUGGAGUACAUGGUGGGUGGUGAUUUGAAGUCGUUACUAAGCGUCUACGGCUUUUUCGAGGAGAACAUGGCCGCCUUCUACAUAGCGGAAGUGUGCUUAGCAUUGCAGUACCUACACAAGCAUAGCAUUAUUCAUCGCGACAUCAAACCGGAUAACCUGCUACUGUCUCGCGAGGGACACGUUAAACUAACCGACUUCGGCCUAUCGCAAGUUCACAUACAUCGCGAUUUAGAAGUGAGCGAUUUUCAAAAUUGGACGCCGAAUUUGUGUUUGCGGACGCCGGGGCAAUUGCUCAGUUUAACCUCGCAUUUUAGUUUCGGCUCGGCGGGGAACAGUAUUAACAGUAGUUUAGAGGAUAGCGCCGCACUACAAACGUUAUUGCACGAAAACUCCUCCCUAUCAGGUAUAAUCCCUUUUUUAUCCGCCGAAGUUCUACCGGAAGAAUCGAGCAGCUCCUACCACACUUGCUCGAAUUGCGAGAGUCACGAUCAUACUGUCGACGCAGAGGUAUCCUGCACGAAUUCGCCGAUAAGUCGAAAGAAGAACCGCUGCUGUGUUCUGACUUUUCGAGAGGACCGCAAGCGGAAGUACAAGUCGAGCUCGCCCAACAGUCGUAAAACUUAUAUUCGGACGGGUUUAACUGGCGAAAUACAGGUACUUCGGAUGCAGUCGGAUACGCCCCUUAAAGGUGUCACGUUUAGUACUCCGGUUUCGGAUGAGAAAAUCAAAAGUAAGGUCACAAGAUUUGAGCUACCAGAAAAUAUUAAAGAAAACGUGAUUAGCCCCGUUCAGAGUACCCCCAAGACGCCUAUCACUCCGUAUCGAACGCCGAAAUCGGUAAGGCGUGGUCAGUGUCAUUCCGAUCAGCGGAUUUUGGGCACUCCCGACUACUUAGCCCCGGAGCUGCUGUUGAAAAACGGUCACGAUUGCGCCGUGGACUGGUGGGCGUUGGGUGUGUGUUUUUACGAGUUUGUGACCGGAAUUCCGCCGUUUAACGAUGACACUCCCCAGCAGGUUUUCACUAACAUCUUGGAGCGGAACAUAGAAUGGCCCACGGGUGACGAGGCUCUAAGUGAGAAUGUCGUCGGUGCCAUCGAGCAGUUACUUACGUCCGAUCCACAAAGUAGACCGGCAGCCGCCGAAGUAAUGGCAAUGAAAGUGUUUGACGGUUAUGAUUGGAAUAAUCUUCUGUCGGCAAAACCACCGUUUGUACCCGAUCCUGAUGAUCUGACUGAUACGGGUUAUUUUCAAGCCAGAAACGACUUAUUAAAUUUUAACAUUUCAAAACUCGAUUUCUAGGUUGUAGUGAAAUCUGUGAUGUCCCCAUAUGUUACCUAUUGUAGAAAAAUAUAUACAUUUUUGAAUUAAAAUUGAUUUUAUUUCUAG